UGUGUGUACGCCGCGAGUGAGACAACAACCUAAUAUAUAAAAGUGACGAUCAAUAAUAUUAUACAAAAAUGAAUUGGUGAAUGUUAUGUUCAACUGUGUAUUCAUUUACCUACAUAACACUUUAUUUUAAAUGAUAUAUAUAUAUAUAUAUAUUAUUUUAACUAAUAUAUAUUAUUAAACAUGAUAUCCAUUGAUCAUGAAAGGCUUCAAUCAGAAUCUAUCAAUUAUGCUAAAUCUUUUUACGAAUUAUUCAAGAAUACCGCUGAUAAUCAAAGGUCAAAAAAUGAUUGGAAGAAAUGUAAAAAGACUCGAGCCAGUAAAAAGAGGGAGAAAAAAAAGCUGGAUAUCAGCGGAGAUUUAAAUAGUGCAGGACCUCCAGAAAUAGAAUUAUCUAGCAAUGCAUCAGCAUUUGCAGUGUUUGCUAGCGUACGUGACUCGAUACUCGAGAAGAAUUCACGUCUGACAAAUCACGAACUGUCAAUAAAGUCAUCAACAAAUUGUAGCUCAACAUCGCCACCACCACCCGAAUUAAGUGAUACGAUAGACACUGACAGUGACGAUGAAGAUCGUAUCUCUUCGAUACAAAAUUUACCUAAAAUAGUGGGCAUAGGAUUGAGGAGUGUAUUUACAUUGAUGCGUGAAAGUAGAACAGUUGAUUCGCAAUUGUGUACAAAGUCGUUGUGUGCCUUGUUGGAUAUACUGCAAGGACAGUUGCCAGAAGGUCUUAAGUCUGAGCCUGACGAUGUUAUUGAACCGCUUUUUGAUUUGUUGUUGGACUUAGCAACCUCUCAUGGACCUGAAUCAACGGUUGCUAACGACGGGACACACUUGACUGCUGUUGCUUGUGCUUGUUUAUUAAGUCUCGUGGUAGUUCGGGGUGAUACUGGCCGGUUAUUGGCAGCAAUCGCUGCGUUGUUGAUGUGUCCACGUGCUCUGGCUGUGCAAAACAUUCGUAUGCCCUGUGUGUUGACGUCCUUGCAACGCAGCGUAGAAGCUGUUCUUUUGGGCAAAAUUACAAGGCCUGACUGGAUCACUUACGGAGUUCCAAAAAAUUCAAAAAUUUACACAUUUAAUUUAAGACUGACUACCGAAAUUAAUAAUCUAGUUUUGAAUGGAAAGAGUUUUGUCAGCGAUGGUAAAUAUUUAUACUUACAUACUAACAGAGGAUUGCUGAAAAUUGGUAGUGGGUACGGUGGUUCUGUCGGUGGUCAGCUUUAUGCUCACAAACCGGAUUUUUAUCCGGCUGAAAUUGGCUGGUUGGGUUAUGCUAAUAAUGCUUUAUACUUUAAAUGCGCGCCAAAAAAACAGUGUGAAUUGUUGGAGUUAGAUGCUGAAACUUUGAAUGUUAGAGGUAUUGCUGUUUUGGAAGGCAAAGAUUGGCCGUCCUCUGUUAUGUUUUCUGAUGGUGAUAAUUUGGGAAUGAUUACUGCAGGAAAGGAUGAAGGUUUCGUGGUCCGGACAAUAAAUACUCUAAGCAAUCCAGUAACAGUAACAUCUGAAUUACCAUUAAAAUUAGCACGAAAGUGUGUUGACGCAUUUGGAUGGGCUACAUUCGACGAAGAACAAGCUAUUCAUACAUUGAGUCCAGGUUGUGACGAUGAAGUGGUAUCAGUUAGCGCGGGCAAAGAGUUUUGUAUUCUAAAAACAACAACAGGAAAAUUGCUGUAUACCGGAAAAGGCAGUUGCCUAGGUAUGAAAAGUAACACACGACCGAACCGCUGGUUGGAAUUUACUUUGGGAAAAGGAUCAAAAUGUUUGCAAAUAGUCGCUGGCCACGAUGGCCAGCAUCUCGUUCUAGUCAUGGAAGAUGGUACAGUAUUUUUUGCGGGUACAGCAAGACGCGGUGAAGAUGGCGAUAGCAAUAAAAUGCGACGUGCUUUGAAGCCGGCUAAACCAAAGAAAAUACUUAAAGUUGAGGGUCAUUUUAUAAUUGACGCAGCUUGCAAUAAUGGCUCAACAGCUCUUGUCUCCAAAGAUGGAUUGUUGUUUAUGUUUGGAAAAGAUACAUUACAUAGUGAUCCAACCACGGGUAUCGUUAAUGACCUUAAAGAUGUAUUUGUCCAAAAAGUAGCUCUCGGAAAAGCUCACGCUGCUGUUAUAACGAAUAAAGGGCAUUUGUAUACUUUUGGGAUCAAUAAUAAAGGCCAGUGUGGAAGAGAUUUUUCCGUAACUCGACCAAUUAAUAAAGAAGUUACGGUGGUGGCUAUGGAAACAGGCACUGGAGAAGAUGAAUUAAUAAUUGCUGAAGAUGAAGCGGGUGAACAGAGUGAAGAAUGGGAAGAAGCAAGAGGUAUGUGCCCACCUGGUCAGCAUCAAUGGAGACAUCGUGCUUGCAUGGUCUGUACAAUAUGCCGUGAAUGCACUGGUUUUGGUAUAUCAUGUUUGAGCAGUAUUUUACCUAAUCGAAAUCCAAAAAGACCUGGACAGGAGUGUGGCUGUGGUGUAGGAGAUAGUGGUUGUGCCGAGUGCGGUUGUUGUAGAAUUUGCGCACGAGAAAGCUGUGACAACGGCGGUGACAUGGCUGUAUUUGGACCAUCGGGUGGUGGAGAUUUAGGCAUGAUGAGAUUGCACAUGUUAUUUGAAGGGAGAUCGGGUUCUAACUUCAAAGAAUAUCUGAAACGCCGGCUCGAAGAGCGUAAACAACGCCAGAAAAUAAAAGCUGGUCCGAGUGUUGUCCAGUGGUCGGGAAUUAAAAUGAAAGGAGCUAAUAAUCAAAGACCAGUCGGUUCAAGUGUAGUAGCGAGGAAAACCGUGUCUGGAAAGCUCCCGUUAAGUAGCGUCCUUACAGAAGACGGGAUCAGUGGUAGCGGUGGCAGUGAUGCUGAGCGAGGUGAUGCUACGCGUAUUGCCAGUAUUCCACCAGCACGUGUGCCAAUUCCCAGCGACAGUCCAGUCAUUCAAGUCGCCUGUGGUCUUCAUCAUACAGUCGCUCUGCUUCAAAAUGGGGAAGUUUUUAGUUUCGGUAGUAAUCUUUACGGACAACUUGGAGUUGGCGAUUUAAUCGCUCAUGCUGGUCCAGUUCAAGUUAAAAUACCAACAGCGGCUACGCAAAUUGCUGCUGGUAGUAAUCAUACAGUUGUAUUGACUGUCAAAGGAGAAGUUUAUACAUGCGGAGCUUAUCAGAAAGGACAAUUGGGUAUGAAUUGGUGGAACGGCCAAAAUGAAUCAAAUACCGCCCGUAGAUCCGAACGCUCCCAACCCUGGCACAGUUUUCCAAACAUAGUCCCAAAUAUCGGCCCUCGAUGGGGCAGACGAGCCACGUGGAUCGGCGCAGCGGGCGACCAAAGUUACAUAAAAGUCGACGAAAUAAAUUCCAUAAGCCUAGCCAAGAGUACAGUAAUGGCCAACAAAAACUGUAUCAUCCUAAUCCCUCACCAUUACGAGCACGCGAAUACCUUCAAAAGUCUAGUGAUAAACAAACGCGACGGUAGUUGUACAAGUUACAGUGGCAACGACCAAGUAGAUUUUUCCCACAGUGCCGCGUGUUUAGAUUCUCUUUACAACGUAAUUUGGACAUUUAACCCGUCAACUUACGAAUUGAGUCCGCAUAACAUAAUAACAACCGAGUCUCGAAACAUCCCAACCUUAAACGCUACAAUAUUAAGCCCAGGUCUAGCAUUACCAGUAGUGUCAACAUGUUUCGUAACACGUACCCAAGCAGCAAUGCAUCUUUUAAGUUGUCUUGAUACCCUAACACAAGCCCAAGACGAGCGUUUGACAGUAGUCGAAGAGAACGAAACAAGCCAAUCGAAUCACGACAAAAUUUACAGCAGAGAAGAUUUUGUCACAGUUAAUAGAUUCGAAAAUCACGGUGGGGGGUGGGGUUACUCCGGACAUUCCGUCGAGGCAAUACGAUUUAUGAGUGACACUGACAUUUUAUUAGGCGGGUACGGUUUAUUCGGCGGUCGCGGGGAAUACGCGGCUAAAAUAAAAUUGUACGAUAUCGGAAUUGAAGGCGGUGACCAAGAAAGUGACGGAGAAUUGUUGGUAGAAACUGAAGAAAUUCCUUAUGAAUGUGAACCACGGCAAAAAUACUCAAUAUUAUUCGACGAACCGGUGCCACUGCAAGCCAACCGGUGGUACGUAGCCUGGGUAAAAGUAAGCGGCCCGUCCAGCGACUGCGGCUCUGGAGGACAAGCUGUUGUAACAGCCGAAGACCAGGUAAUGUUUUACUUCAAAUCUUCCAAAAAGUCCAACAACGGGACUGACGUUAAUGCCGGGCAAAUUCCUCAACUACUCUACCGCGUGAUAACACCCGAUAACCAAUCAACGAACCGCCCAAGAGACCAUAUUGAACCCGUGUAUAUUUUGCGGAGAGAAUUUAGCAGAACUGUCACUAAAGACUGCUUUCAGUCGCUGAUAUCAUUGCUCCAGUGGAGCUGGAACACUCUUAAAGCCGGAUUGUCGGAUACGUCUCACAGAUUGCCUACCACCUCUUAUCACUCGGUACUAGAAAUGGAUCACUUGGUUUACAUAAGUAAUGCAAGUUUGAGACUAUUACGUACGUAUACCAAUGAGAUUUAUCCAAAUCAGCCGGGUAAAAAGACUCCGCAGGAAUCAGUGAGACUUGCUGAGAGCAUCGGAGAGGUCCGAGCGCUCUUAAGACAAAUUUUAGCCGACGCGAUGCCAUUAAACACCAAAAAGGGGAAAAUAAAAUUUAAAGGCAGUAAAUUGGUAGAAAGUAACGCGGGUAAUAAAAUGAUAGAUCUGAUUCUUGACGAGUGUCACAAAACUUUCGUAGCUUGCUACCACGCGUUUUACCCCACGGCGUACUUGAAGUGGACAUCGCUGUGUGAGUUGCUUUCGGAGAUUGAUAAAGAGCUGGGAACCUCGCCAAAGGACAGAUUGUUAUCGGCAGUUCUUGCCUCGCUGUGCAAUUCUAUGGUACGGUUAAGGUGUACGUUUCCUAUAUUGAGCAACGUGAUGGACAGCAGCGAUGGUAUUAAAAGGCAACUUAGUCCCUCAGACAAUUCAGGAUUGCCGAUGAUGAAUUCUUCAGAGCCCCAUCAGUAUCCUAUUUUGGUAGAGCAAAUGAGUUAUAAGUCACAGAUUGAAAGUAUAGGACGUCAAGUAUUGAAUUGGUCGUUUCGCGAAGUGCUUGAUAGGCUUUUAGACCUUAUUUUGAUCCCCGUAAAAAGAUCUUUGUGCAGGGAAAAGAAUUAUUCAUUGAAGGGUUUAAUAAUGCACUGCUGUUAUUUAUUAGCGCGGGUUAUUGCUGAAUUAGCGGCACAAUCAAGCGGAAAUGAGGAUGAAUUACAAGCAGCUUGUGGUAAAUUUAUGUACACAACACCGUCAAGAUUUACGCGUACUAAUCAAACGCGUACGUGGAAUACGGGUAAUGGUUCACCAGACGCUAUUUGUUUCACUGUCGAUCGUCCGGGUAUUGUAAUUGCCGGUGUUGGUAUUUACGGCGGUGUCGGGAUGUAUAAUUAUGAACUAGAGUUACUUGAUGAUCAAAAUAACACCGGUAAUGAUCCAUCGCACACACAAAGAUGGAGUAGCUUAGAUUUUACACGUGGAUCAUUUGGACCUGAUGAUUGUGUAAAUGAUAUUGUCGAGCUAAAAUUUUCAAAGCCAAUUAGUAUAAAGGAGAAUGUUAAAUAUGCGAUAAGAUUACGUAAUCAUGGUGGAAGAACUAGUAAUGGUGACGGUGGGUUGAAUAUGAUUCGCGGUCCAGAUGGUACUAAUUUUACAUUUACCGCUUGUUCAUUGAGUUUCAAUGGAACUACGCAAACACGUGGACAAAUACCUCACAUACUUUAUUAUUCUAAUCCUCAGGACUCGGAAAGUCCACACACGAGUAAGGCCAUCGCGGAAAUGCAGGCACGUAAGUGUACGCUCGCGAUGACAAUGACAAUUGUAACACGUGCCAAUGAAAUUUUAGCAUUAGCACGCGAACGUGCUGAAGAUAUUGUUACUACUGAGGUGUUGGGUAAUGCAACGUUUGUUACUACACUAUUGCCACUGGUGAUGGCGCAUCUAGGGCCACUUGCUACCUCUGAUCCGCGUAGCGCCGUCCAGGUAUUGACUCUUAUUCAAGAAAUGCUACCGCAUGUAGCUGGCUUGAAUUUAUUAACAGCUAUGGGAAUGUCGCAAUCGCAAGAUAGUGAUAAUCAGUUACACACGAGCUCACCGACCACUACCAGUCAUCACUAUACUUGGGUUGAAAGUGAGCAUCCUUAUAAGCCAGCUAGCGUGUCGCAUUACAAAGUUACCUUUCCGGAGACUGUUAAGUGGAUGACCAUUGAAUUCACACCUGAAUGUGGGACUUCUCAGCCUGAAGAUUAUCUCCAGCUUUAUAUUCCUAAUAGUAAUACUUUUUGUGGUAGUAAUGGGAAUAAUAGUGGUAAUAGUAAUUUUAAUAAUGGGGUUAAUAAGAAUACUGAGGAGAGUUGGUCAUCAAUUUAUUUGCCGGUGCUGCAUAAAAUGAGUAAUGUUGCGAGUCAAUGGCCCCAAUACGCUAUUGUAUUACCGGGUAAUGAAGUUAUAUUUUCAUUGGAGACUGCCUCUGAUUAUAUGAAAGAUGAUAUGUCGGUUACUUAUGGGUUUAAGUGCUUGGUUAUUGGUUACGACUGGAUCACGGCGGGGAAUGGACUCAAAAAUUUAGAGAUUGAAUUGUCCUUUUUGGGUGGCGCGUGUGCUGCUAGUCUUAUGAAGAAAAAUCUUAUCCUGCCAGCUGUUUCAAUGGAAGAAGUGGAGGAUAAUGUCAAGAUUGCUCAAGAAACGGCUCGAAAAAUAUUUGCUGCUCAUUCAUCACUUCUAGGCAGAGGAUUUGCGCUGGCUACAUCUCCUACAGUUACACAGGCACUUGAUGGCGUUCUUCCGUUUAGUUGUCACUCAAAUGAGAGACUAUUCCUCAGGGAUUUUGUUGUUUGCUCGGCUGGAACGAGCGGCGGCAGGCUUGCACGGUGGCUCCAGCCUGACAGUUUUGUGGAUCCAUCGAAAUGUGAAGCGAUUUAUGCCAAGGAAGAUAUGAAAUGUGGUUGGCCUGCAAUUGUUACUAUUCUCACGAGAGAUCAGUAUGGAGAAGUUGUUCAUGUACCUGGCUUAAAGAUUGAAGUGAAAGCUGUUCCAAUAGAUAAAAAAGACAUAACUGAUGCGGACCAGGGGAGAAAAAUUCGUCGUAUUUCUCAACCUGACCCCAUGACAUUCGGAGGGCACCCACAGCCCUCAUUAGAUAUACCCUACGAAGUAACUGUUAAUAAUAAAAUGUGUUUUUACGCGAUAACAAUAAUGAAGGCCUACCAAAAUUACUCGUUCGAAGAACUGAGGUUUAUGUCACCCGCAGUUAAACGCUCGAGUGAGAGCAUGCUAGUCAGACCUAAUGGUGAUGGCAGUUACAGCGCAACGUGGACACCUUCCUCGGUUGGCUGGUACUCGCUUAUGAUCACCAUUGAUGGAUAUAAUAUGGAAAAUAGUUAUAAAGUAGAAAUAAAAGAACCACCUCAGGGAAUGCAUCCACCCUCACAGAGUAUUGUUAAGAAACCUCAACAUCAACCAAGUAGACUUAGAAAAUUUGUUAUGAAAAAUAGCGCAGGAUUGAGAAUAAGAGCACAUCCGUCCUUGCAAAGCGAACAAAUUGGGAUUAUAUCUAUCAACGAUACUAUUACAUUUAUAGAAGAGAUUCACAAUGACGAUGGAGUGUGGUUGCGAUUAAAUUCAGAGACGAUAAAAAACUACUGUAGCAAAGGAUACACAGAAGCCUGGUGUCUUGGUUACAAUCAGCAUUUAGGAAAAAGUUUUUUAGUACCAAUAGAUGAGCCAAAAUCAAUUCUCGACCAAGUUCGUAAAGAAGUAUCUUUACGAAAGCGUUUAGAGUCUUCAGAAGACAAAAGGAAAAAUAUUGGAAUGAGCGAUUGGGGCUGGACGGCGAUAAACGGAGAAAGAACCAUGGUUGUUACAAAAGCCGGUGCUUCUGGACACAAUAUAAGAAGUAGGCCAAGUUUAAAAGCUGCUCCUGUUGGUAUGUUAGCUCUUGGAGACGCUGUUAAUAUCGAGGAAUAUUGGGUGAACGGAGAUGGAACGUGGAUUCGCAUUGACGAAGACUCAGCCUCAAAGUACUGCUUCAAUCCCGGCGAGGCUUGGUCGCUGGCUAUUGACAAGCACGGAACAACACACAUGAAAGCUAAACACGACAGCGAAAAUGAGCCACCGGAAAAACGUACUCCAAUUACCGUUGAAAGUACAACAAAAUCACCGGUAAACAAAGGGUUUGAUUUUUCAAUUCCUUCUGGCAGUCACGACGGAUUCGCAUUCUCGACGCCCAAUUUUUCAGCCACUAUCGCUGGCAACAGCGAUCCCGGAGAAAGUAUUAAUCCAUUUGUCUUUAAAUCUCGGAGCCAAAGCUCGCCAGGGAGCGAUAAAUAUAAUUUAGAGAAAAACGACGUUUCUCCAAAAUACAGCAAAGUACAUUCGAAAGAGCGCGUUGCUAAAGAUAGGGAACGCGAGGGCAGCGGUAAGUUUAGUGCAUUGCAGAAAUGGCUCAGGGGUGACGAUAAAGGGGACAAGAGGAGUUCCGGAAGAGAUUUUUCUGAAUUUGUCGGCGUAUCGGUAAAAGAAUUGGUAAAAGCAAUGGGCGAAAGCCGCGCUAAUGGUAACGGCGCAACCCCGCCAGAAACCCCGCGAAGGUUAUCAAGAAGUUCAUCGCCUAAAAACCCUCAAGGUGGGUCUCCGAGAUUGCACAGCAGGUCUUCUAGUCCGGUUGCGAUACCUGCUGGACCCAGUCGUCAGCCUGCUGGUUCUGGCAAUUGUCUCAUUCCUCCUGUCGCUAAUGCUCCAGGUGGGAGAAGUUUGAUUGAAGGGGGAGGGAGUGCUGGUAGCAGUCCCUUGCACUACGGCUCCCCCCGAAGUGUCGGGCUCUCCCCUUUAGUAUCAGGCGGAAUGUUGGACAGCGGAGCGUCCCACCGCCGAGGGUCAACCCAAAGUGACACAAGUGCCUUAGUCAGUAGCCUGACACGUGAUCCAUCAGCGUCACCUAGCGGAAUAAGCAGCGCAGCAAAUACCCGCGAUAUUUCACCCAGUCCCAGUUGUAGUUCCCUUCAAAUGCGCUCAGAGGGCAGUAUCGCGAGUCCCCCGGAUACGCCGCGUAAGGAACCGGUACCAAUUCAGGAACCGGUUCCUCAGACCCCCCACCACCACCAGAACCAAUACCAAAAUCAAAAUUCAAACGAGAAGAAAGUAUCUCAAGCUCAAACCCAAACCAGCCCUGAGAACGCGAUGAUAAAGGGCCACUUUAGCAUCGGAGCUUCGGGAAAAGAAGACCGUCACUCUCCAAAAGUAACCCGUCGGAGCCAUAUGAAGAUCGCAAAAACCCGAACGAAACGCGCGAUAUCCCCGGCGAACAUUCAGUCCCAACAAUCAUCACCCAGCACCGCGCGAAUGUUGAAUCUGAAUAAAGACAAGGUUAAAGAAGCCAUGAGUCCGUCAGUAGCCGAGUGUCUUCGUGCCGUUUUCGCGGCUUUUCUCUGGCACGAAGGGAUCGUUCACGACGCAAUGGCUUGCGCUAGUUUCCUGAAGUUCCAUCCGGCUUUGCCGAAAAACGGAGCUUUGGUAGUCACCCGACAGCCGGUAAUCCACGACAAAACGGAUAAGAACAAAGACGAGCUUACGAAAGAACAACGCGCGCGACAAAGGCAUUCUGUUGAAGUGACCACAGCGGGAAAUUAUCUCCACAUUCAGCCAAGCACUCUUGAGGCAUUGACUCGGUCUGCUGCUAAUGCAAACGCAAAUCGCAAUCGUAACAAAAAGCAAGAGGUGAUUGCAACAAACCCCUCUGUGAUGAUCAAAGAAGAAGUUUCAAGCAACAAACUUAUGGCUUUGCCUGAAACUCACACAGUUGCUGUUCUUCCUCCGGCUUUAAAGAGCCUCGUGUUUCUCUGGGAAGAACUCAGUGGCAAUUGCAUUCAGGCUAUUGAAGAACAAACGAUGUUUCCGAGUCCUAUUUCGCAUUUUCUACUCAAAACGCCUAAAAAAUCCGGUGAUAAAGAUAAGGAUAAGGAUAGGGAUAAUAAAGAAAAUAAAGAUGAUAAAAUGUCUAGUGUAAAUAUUGGUAGUGUUAAUAAGGAUAAGGAUAAAAAAGUAACGAAAAAAAAGAAAGAUUUGAACAAAAUAAUAAACAAAUUUGGAUUUUCUGCGGGAGAAAAUACCGGAGAAUUGGAAACAACUUGCGAACUUUGCGGACUAAUGUUCCCUCAUCCGAUAACUUACCACAUGAAGACAAUGCAUCCAGGUUGUGGGUGGCAUUCCGGUGGUAUGGGGUACAAUAAUGUCGGUAAUUACUGUUCAGGCUGGGCGGGAAAUUGCGGAGAUAGUGAUUUUGGCGGUACAUGCUGGUAUUUGAUUUGCGAUGAGUGUCGCGAUAAUUACUUGCAAAUACGGAGGAACAAAAUGGGAAAUAAAAAACUCCUUAAUGGAACGAGCUUACCCGCUACAGCAAGGCGCAAAGGUAUAAAGACAUUUUUGUCGCCUAUAAACAGCCCCAGUAGCAAUGACGCGCAUAUCGUGAUGAAGAACAACGCGAUGUUUCUAUUGGACCUUUCUAGCGCUUCAGGAGUUACAAUUCCCAAGCAGCAACGCAGGCCGUCGCAAACUUUGACCUCAGUAGCUGAAAAUUACAGUCCUCCGGAAGUUACGGCCGGACCGUUUCCGCCUACUGGACCGUUCCAAUGCUUGCAGGCGCUGGGUGUCCAUCACUCUUCAAGUGCGUUGAAUGAAGAACGUUAUUAUGAAGAAACGUUGCGUCGGCAAAACAGCCAAGGAAAUUACGAGGCCAAUUACAAUAACUUCAGCUGCAACUACGGCAGCAAUGGCCGUCCGUUGUCCGAAUGUCCGAUGAGCGACAGCGAUAGUGAAGGCGCAAGACGCGGAACUGGCGUUGGAGCCUUCCACAGGUCAGUUUCGAUGUCAACUGGCGCGCCUUGGGCUCGGAACAGCAAUGACGGCCGCGUUGUGAUGAUGCGAAAGCGCAACAACAGCAGCAGUGAAAUGAACACCGAGGCUGGCUCGUCGUUGCUUUGCUACCCUUCAGCAGCUUUGCAAAAGCUUGUUCCCUCGAUGGACCAAUCGGCAAUCGUUGCAGUAAAUCAGGAAGAAAUUUCCAGCGUAGACCGCGUUGAAAUGCUUACAAGACCAGUUAUGCUGUUCGUUUUGCAGCAGCACAACCUCCAACACUUGCAGCUUGCUAUGAAACAAGCGCUGCGUCGAUCUGCUUGCAGGAUUUACGCAAUGCAAGCGUUCAAUUGGCUCUUAAGAAGCGUGACGCAGCCAAUGGGCUUGCAUGAUCUGCUCUGGUGGUUCAUGGCAUUUCUGACACCCGCCACUCCUGAUUUAGACGUCGAAGUCGACAACCACGUGGAGCGCAAAGAGGAUCUCGACAUGACGGGAGUCUACGAGCAUCCUUUGAGCGAUCUAGCUAUCGCUGGAGAAGCCAUUAAUCCGCUGCCUAGUGUCUUCCACACUUUGCUGCAGACAAUUUCUGACUUAAUGCUGCUUCCUCCUCCCGGCUCGCCGCUUCAACAGGCCGCGGUUCAGUGCUGGGGGAUAAAAUUCACCACUGCUGAUCACAUGUUUCUGCACCGGAGCCACGUCUUCAGUAACAUCAGCAAGAUUCUUUCAAGGUCAGAAGAGGAAGAAGAUGUAACUAUGAGCAUGCAUGAAAGCCACCAGUCUACGUUUUCUCAGCCGAUAACUGCGUCGGUGGAGGCGCUUAAGGAUCUGACUGCUGGGGUGGAAAUAAAAGGCUCCAGCAGGCAGGCGAUGAUAGGACACUUGACUGAUAACUCUACUGAAACAUUCUGGGAGUCUGGGGAUGAAGAUAGAAACAAGACCAAGACUAUCAGUAUUAUUUGCAGCGCUCAUACAUUCCCGAGGAUGGUUUACAUUCAUAUUGACAACUGCCGCGAUCUGACUCACAAAGUUACCAGUGUUACUUUCCAAUCUGGGGUUAAUGUGGACGAAAUGAUCAAGUUGAAGACAGUAGAGAUUGAAAGCCGUUCUGCUGGGUGGGUCAGCUGUCCUAUCACCGAUCCAAGACACAUUAUUAUUGGUUUAGAAUUCAAAGGUCCUGAUAAUUCGCUUAGAGUCAGGCAGAUUCGCGUGUUAGGAGAAACUGAAGGCGAGCCGCUGAAAAUUGGCAAGCAAUUGAGCACUCAGACGAUUCAACAGCGUAAUUGCGAAGCUGAGACUCUUAAAGUAUUCCGGCUGAUCACUUCUCAAGUUUUUGGAAAGCUCAUUCAGGGUGAAAUGAUGCCGCAAAGACGGCAGCAGCAAGAAUCUGAAGCUAAUGAUGAAUUAGAGGAGAGCAAUGACCUUCGUGAGCACAUGGUAGGAAUCUUAUUCAGCCGCAGUAAAUUGACACAUUUGCAAAAGCAAGUUUGCAGCCAUAUUGUCCAAGCGAUCAGAAAAGAAACUAUUAGGCUUCGCGAAGAAUGGGAGCUACUUCUUUGCUCACCGACUCCAGCAAACAGUAUUCUCAGCGAAUCAAGCGACGUUCCUAAAGCUUCUGACACUUACUGCUUCGAAAUGUUAUCAAUGGUUCUUGCAUUAAGUGGCAGCGCAGUAGGCAGAAACUAUCUUUCGCACCAAUACGGGCUGAUAAAGGAUAUAUUAAGCCUUCUUCACACCGGAUCAGCGCGCGUUCAGCGGCAAGUAACCUCCUUGCUGCGCAGAAUCUUGCCAGAAAUAAAGCCAGAACAUUUUGCUAAUGUAUUAGGAGUCGAAAGAUUACCUCCGUCGGACUUUAGCAUAGUUUCAGUGACCAAUAGCGGAAGCGCAAGCUCUUCUAACUUCGAUGAGCACGCCGCGGGAAUUCUGGACGUGUUUCUGAGCUGCAUUGCCAAGACCUUGGCGGUCCAAGUCAAGAUCAAAGGGAAGGAGAACAACGGCAAGGCACUGCAGACAGUUUCUCUGGCGACUAGCAUCCACCCGAAGAGCUACGUUGGUUCUAGGUGGUGGUUAAGGGGGUGCAUGACGCGGAAGCUCGCAGAAGUUAUCAUCCAGCUGCUGAAAGACAUGGCAACGGGGAAGUUAUCAGACACUUGGGCAGCGGUGACGAAAGCUGCGAUUGCGGAGAAUAUUUUGAACUUAACAAGGUUGGACGAGAAACGUCGUGAGCCUAAUGAGUGUCUGCAUACGCCCACACUGUGGCUUGCACUGUCUUCCCUGUGUGUAUUGGAUUCUGACCACGUCGAGCGUCUGUCCUCGGGCCAAUGGAAUGCAAGCUUGGACGGACAACCGCCACCACCUCGUCCCACUUGCAGCAACCACGACGAUGAGGAAACCACCGCGAUAAUUCAGUGCAAUGUUUGCGGUAAUUUGUGCGCAGACUGUGAUCGCGUUCUGCACUUGCACCGGCGGACUAGGAUGCAUAUGAGGCAGGUUUGCAAAGAAGAGGAGGAAGCUAUCCGGGUGGAUCUUCAUGAAGGGUGUGGAAGAACUAAGCUCUUUUGGAUUCUCGCUCUAGCUGAUAGUAGGACGCUGAAAGCUCUGGUGGAAUUCCGCGAUGGAACACCAAGGAAACCCGUCGGAACUUCCGGGGUCUGCCGCUUUUGUGGAACCACGGGAAAUUCAGGGCUCCUGGCUAUUGGGAACGUCUGCUCGGAUCAUGAGUGUCAGGAGCAUGCGAAGAAUGCUUGUAGUAAGAUUCAUUCGUGUGGUCAUAUUUGUGGAGGGGUCAGAAAUGAGAAAAAUUGCCUGCCUUGUUUGCAUCGUUGCCAGGCGAGUAGUGAUCUGAAGCAGGAUGCUGAUGACAUGUGCAUGAUUUGUUUUACGGAGGCUUUGUCAUGUGCGCCGGCGAUUCAGCUGCAAUGUGGACAUGUUUUUCAUUUACACUGCUGUCGGAAUGUUUUAAUGAAGAGGUGGGUUGGACCUAGGAUCACUUUUGGAUUUUCUUUCUGUCCGAUUUGUAAAGUUCCGAUUGAACAUCCUACUUUGGUGGACCAAUUGACUAGUAUCAAGGAACUUUAUACGGAUGUCAAGAGGAAGGCGCUCAUGCGGCUGGAGUAUGAAGGGCUACAUAAGGCCGAAGCGGUGACUGCACCUGGAGGACGUUACUACAAGGAUCCAGCAGCGUAUGCCAUGGACCGGUAUGCUUACUACGUGUGUUACAAGUGUCAGAAGGCUUACUACGGAGGUGAAGCACGUUGCGACGCUCAACUAGGAGGCGAAACCUUCGACCCCACAGAAUUGGUUUGCGGGGGUUGCAGCGACGUGGCAAGGGCUCAGAUGUGUCCCAAGCAUGGAGCUGACUUCCUCGAGUACAAGUGUCGGUACUGCUGUUCGACGGCCGUCUUCUUCUGCUUUGGAACCACACAUUUCUGUAAUCCAUGCCACGAUGACUUCCAACGGGUUACCAAUAUUUCCAAAAGCGAAUUGCCUUCUUGUCCAGCUGGUCCACGAGGGAAACAACUAGAAGGCGAUGAAUGUCCACUUCAUGUGAAACAUCCGCCAACAGGAGAAGAAUUUGCUCUUGGCUGUGGAAUUUGUCGUAACGCGCACACAUUCUAAAUAAAAAAAAAAAAAAAAAUAUAAUACUGUGUCUCUGGAUAGAUUCUCAAAUUUUCAACAAUCUACUUAAAUUUAAAGUCUUACUUGCUGGGUUGCUGAAUUUUUUUAAAAUGAUAAUAAUAUAA